CGGGUCGCAUGAGAAACGAGGAAGGUGUUUAGCUUUAGCGUUUUAGCCCGUUUGUUUCCGUUCUUUAUGCAAGCCUUGAGCUUAGCAUUAGAUUGAAACCAAUGGCUUGGUCUUGGAUGAGUUCUGAUCUAGCUAUGUGAUCGGUUCGAGUUGACUAUUCGGAUUAGAAAAUGGCAUAUGUGGUUACACCAUUUGAGCCGAAGGCAGCUCUGUUGUAAGCCCAGCUAUGGGUCAACAGCAAGUUAAAGCUCUUGCGAAGUCUGGAAAAGGGAUUAAGUCAUCUCUAAGGAAUAAAGACGCUGAAAAACCUGAAUUUCAUACUGCACCAGAUCUUUCAAGGCGGCCUUUGCCAGAAACGCCAUUAGACCAGCUUCCUGGGGAAUGGAACUCCAAAGAUGAUCUUCUAAAUGAUGCAGACAACCAAGAUAAAUCAAUUUUUGUGGCAAUUCAUGACUUUCAAGCUGCUGGCAAUAAUCAGUUGAGCAUUCGAACCGGGGAAGAGGUAGCUAUUUUGCGCUACAAUGACACUGAAGAGUGGUGUGAGGGUCAGGCAAGAAAUGGAAACAUUGGGUGGUUGCCAAGUAGCUAUGUCAAACCAGUCAACAGCCUGGAAAAACAUUCUUGGUAUCAUGGAACUAUAGCACGUAAUGUUGCAGAAUACCUGCUAAGCAGUGGAAUUAAUGGUAGUUUUCUUGUUCGUGAAAGCGAAAGUAGUCCAGGACAGUUAUCCAUCUCACUACGGUUUGAUUCACGGGUGUAUCAUUACAGAGUUAGCAAUGCGCCUGAUGGCAAAAUGUAUGUCUCCAAUGAAAACAGAUUUAGCACAAUUGCUGAACUUAUUCACCAUCAUUCCGUGCACGCGGAUGGACUCGUAACAACUCUUCAUUAUCCAGCAGCAAAGACUGACAAACCAGCAGUGUACAGCUUUUCUCCUGAGCCAGAUGAAUGGGAGAUACCAAGAACAGAAAUUGCUAUGAAGCAUCGGCUGGGUGGGGGUCAGUAUGGGGAAGUUUAUGAGGGAGUGUGGAAGAAGUAUGAUAGGCAAGUGGCUGUGAAGACUUUAAGGGAAGAAACAAUGGAGGUAGAUGAAUUCUUAAAAGAAGCUUCAGUCAUGAAGGAAAUCAAGCAUCCACGACUGGUGCAGCUCUUAGGUGUCUGCACAAGGGAGCCGCCAUUCUACAUCAUCACAGAAUUCAUGCCUCAUGGUAACCUGUUGGACUAUUUACGGAGUUCUGCCAGCAAGGGUUUGAAUGCGAUCACCUUGAUGUACAUGGCAACACAAGUGGCAGAAGCCAUGUCUUAUUUAGAAUCAAUGAACUUUAUUCACAGGGAUCUUGCUGCCAGGAACUGUCUUGUAGGGGAGAACAACCUUGUAAAGGUUGCAGACUUUGGUUUGUCAAGACUUGUGACAUAUGACAUCUACACUGCCCAUGAAGGUGCAAAGUUUCCAAUCAAGUGGACUGCACCUGAAGCCCUGGCCUACAACACAUUUUCAAUCAAGUCUGAUGUGUGGGCAUUUGGAAUACUCUUGUGGGAGCUUGCGACAUAUGGAAUGUCCCCUUAUCCAGGAAUUGAUCUGUCGCAAGUUUAUGAAAUGUUGGAGUCAGGCUACAGAAUGCCAUGCCCAGAAGGCUGCCCUCAAGAGGUUUAUGACAUGAUGAAGAAAUGCUGGAGCUGGGAUGCACAAGAUCGACCAACAUUUUCAGAGAUCCACAAGUGGUUGAAUAGUGUCUUCUCAGCCAGUAGUGUUGAAGAAGAAGUGGAAAAAGCUCUGGAAAAGCAAAAAACCAAAAAGGACAAAGGAAAGAAAAGCAAGAAGAAAGGAGAAACGAACAAUUCUUUGUCAGUUGAAGAAAAAAAGAAGACAGAUGAUUGUCAUAAAACAAAGUCAAAAACCUCCACUUCGAAAAAACUUGCCAACUCACUUAAUCCAUCAGGGCCUCCUCCAGAACCCCCAGCAAGGCCAACACCGAAGGAACAAAGCUUGGAUGAAGAAGCUGAAAAACAACCCUCACAUCCUUUAGUGCCAAAUGUUAUGCCUAAUUUGGUGGAAGAACUGGGUAAAAAGUCUGGAACUUUCAAAAAGGUAUCUGACAAAGGAAAUGUUCCAAGUAACAAACAGGAUGUAAAGGAUGUACCUCCUAGAUUUACUCCAGAGAACCUCCACAAGCGACCACCAGCACCUCUGCCUUCAAACUGUCAUCAACAACAGAAACCAGAACAGUCACAACGUCCUCUGUCACCUACAAGGCAAGAAAAUGGAACAAAGCAUUUUCCAAUGAUACCUUCUCAAGCUCCACGAAAAAACUCAGCCCCACAGAGUCAAAACAAACCACUUCCAGCACCACCCCGUCAGAUUUUGCAAAAGUCUUUAUCAAAUCCACCACAACCCCGUCCUUCUCCUAAUAAACAACAAUCUGGACUACCUUUUCAGGAUGAGGCACCCAAAGAACAGGAACAACAGGAUACCCCAUUGUCAAAGAAAUCCAAACCAGUUAAAGCUGUAGGAAGACCGAGUUCUGCACAAACAAAGUCUUCGGAUAGUGCAAAUCCAGAAAAACCAAGAAGUCCUGUGCCACGGCCUCGAAACAGACCUCCACCACCCCCACCACCAGCUCCAUUAAAAGACACUGGGAAGUCAACAUCAAAUUCAAGCUUGUCUUCUGGUGAUGUAAAUUUCUCUGAAUCGUCUUCUGAUGGCCAGGGCCCAUCUGCCAAACCUCGCCCAGUGCCACGUACCAGGCAGAGAGCAGAGCAGCAGUUGACCAGUGUUGAUCAGGAGCAGGGACCUCUGUCACCAGCUGGAAAGGAAUCUAACAAUGCCAGGCAGCCCCCUGUCAAGGCAAGACCAGCUCAUCCUCCUCCCUCAAUUCCAGGUGGUAAGAAACCUGGCAGCAGCAAUUCUGUGACUUCAAGCCACCAGCAGGUCAAUACAUCGGGAACAAAACCAACUUCACCUGCUCCUAGACCAACUCACACUAAACCAAAACCUCCAGUUAAACCAAACAUUGCCAGGAAACCUAAAAUUGCCCCACCUAGUUCAGAACCUGACCCUAAUCUUCCACCCCAGGUGAAUGAAAUAUUGCAGCUCUCUCAUCAGGGACAAACUAAGGUCAUGGAAAUUCUUUCUCUAACUGAUGCUCGAGUAAUGGAUGAUUCACAGAACAAUCUCCUUGAGGUAAUUGAUGAACUUAAGAGAAUCUCCCUUGAAGUGCUAGAGACAUCCUCAAGCUUAACAGACUCACUAGGACCGCAGGCACGGUUUAGAGUGCGUCGGACUGUAACAGAUCUUGAGAAUAAAUACAGUGACAUGCAGGGUGUGGUUGAAACUGUGGGACCAAACCCCAAUGCGGUUGAUAUGGAAAGAAUUGGAAAGGUUGUGAACAGUUUUUCUGGUGCAUUAGAUUGUGUGUGCACUACUGUAAGAGCUACUGUUUCUUGACGUCUUGGUAUUUUGUCUGGAUGUUGGAUAUCCAUGUUACGUGCAUUAAUGAAAGAAGUACUUUAGACUUCUAAGAGAACUGAGGUUAGCUUUUAAGUAUGCAUGGUACAUGGUUCAGAAUGUUGCAUAACAAAAUGUUGAAUACUUAGUUAAUGAUCAGCAGUGAGUUGAUGAGAGUAACUUGUUAAACUGUCAUAUUGAAUUUGGAAAGCGGUUGUUUUAAGGUGUUUUGGAAAGCCACUGUUUUUGCUUGAUAAGAACAAAAACUCUUUGCCCCAGCCUGCUCACAGCACUUCAAUCGGAAAGAAAGAAGGAAAGGAAAAAAGGAACAGGGUUCGUACCCUUUUUCAGAAACAAAUUUCCAGGACUUUUCCAG